AUGGCUGCCCCAAGGGAUUACCGAGGACGCGGAGAGCUGGUCCUGCUGUGCGCGCUCCUGGGCACGCUGUGGGAGAUUGGGGGAGGACAGAUCCACUAUUCGGUGCCAGAAGAGAGCGACAAAGGAUCUUUCGUGGGUAACGUCUCCAAGGACCUGGGGCUGGAACCCCGGGAGCUGGCGGAGCGCGGAGUCCGCAUCGUCUCCAGAGGUAGGAUACAGCUCUUUGCUCUGAACCGGAGAACCGGCAGCUUAAUCACUGCAGGCAGGGUAGACCGGGAGGAGCUCUGUGCUCAGAGCGCGCGGUGUCUUGUAAAUAUCAACAUCCUGGUAGAGGAUGGAGGGAAACUUUUUGGGAUAGAAAUAGAAAUCACUGAUAUCAAUGAUAACAACCCGAAAUUCCAAGUCGAAAAUCUGGAAGUAAAAAUUAACGAAAUCGCUGCACCUGGAACACGUUAUCCACUCCCAAAGGCUGUUGACCCGGAUGUGGGCUUGAAUUCCCUGCAGAGCUACCAGCUCAGCCCCAGUCACCACUUCUCCCUGGACGUGCAAACUGGAGACGACGGAACUAUAAACCCAGAGCUGGUGCUGGAGCGGGCCCUGGACCGUGAGGAAGAGGCUGCUCACCACCUGGUCCUCACCGCCUCCGACAGCGGCGAUCCGCGUCGUUCCAGCACAGUGCACAUCCAGGUGACAGUGUUGGAUACAAACGACAAUGCCCCUGUUUUUGCUCAACCGAUUUACCGAGUGAAAGUCCCAGAGGACGUGCCCCAGGGCACCCGUCUGCUUACUGUAAGAGCUAGCGACCCGGAUGAGGGAGCCAACGGAAGAGUGGCGUAUAAAUUCUGGAAAAUGAGUGAAACACAAUCUCCAUUAUUCGAGCUUAAUGAAAAUACUGGGGAAAUAUCAACAGCAAAGAAUCUAGAUUAUGAAGAAUGUGCAUUUUAUGAAAUAGAAAUACAAGCUGAAGAUGUGGGGGCACUUCUGGGGAGGACCAAAGUGCUCAUUUCAGUGGAAGAUGUAAAUGACAAUAGACCCGAAGUGGUCGUUACAUCUCUGUUUAGCCCGGUCUUGGAAAAUACUCUUCCUGGGACGGUAAUUGCCUUCUUGAAUGUGCAUGACCGAGACUCUGGGAAGAAUGGUCAAGUUGUCUGUUACACACGUGAUAAUUUGCCUUUUCAAUUAGAAAAAUCAAUAGAUAAUUAUUAUAGAUUGGUGACAUGGAAAUAUUUGGACAGAGAAAAUAUCUCUAUGUACAAUAUCACAGUGAUAGCCUCAGAUCGAGGAACCCCGCCUCUGUCUACUGAAACUCACAUUGCCUUGCAUGUGGCAGACACAAAUGACAAUGCUCCCACUUUCUCUCAUGCCUCCUACUCAACCUAUAUCCCAGAGAACAACCCCAGAGGAGCCUCCAUCUUCUCUGUGACCGCCCAUGAUCCCGACAAUGAUGAAAACGCCCGAGUCACUUACUUUCUGAUGGAGGACACCAUCAUGGGGGCACCUCUCUCCUCCUAUGUCUCCAUCAACUCUGACAGCGGUGUCUUGUAUGCACUGCGCUCCUUUGAUUAUGAGCAAAUCCGAGACUUGCAGCUACUGGUGAUUGCCAGUGAUGGUGGGGACCCUCCACUCAGUAGCAACGUGUCACUGAGUCUGAGUGUGUUGGACCAGAACGACAACGUGCCAGAGAUCUUGUACCCUGUGCUCCCCAACGAUGGUUCCACUGGCGUAGAGCUGGCACCCCGCUCUGCAGAACCUGGCUACCUAGUGACGAAAGUGGUGGCAGUGGACAGAGACUCAGGCCAGAACGCCUGGCUGUCCUACCGCCUGCUCAAGGCCAGUGAGCCAGGGCUCUUCGCAGUGGGGUUGCACACGGGAGAGGUGCGGACGGCACGGGCCCUUCUGGACAGAGACGUUCUCAAGCAGAGCCUGGUGGUGGCCGUCCAGGACCACGGCCAGCCCCCACUCUCAGCCACUGUCACUCUCACCGUGGCCAUGGCUGACAGCAUCCCAGACGUCCUGGCUGACCUGGGCAGCAUCAGGACCCCUGUCAACUCUGAUGAUUCAGAUCUCACAUUGUACCUGGUGGUGGCGGUGGCGGCAGUCUCCUGCAUCUUCCUCGCCUUUGUCAUAGUGCUGCUGGCACUCAGACUGCGGCGCUGGCACAGGUCUCGUCUGCUCCAGGCUUCAGGAAGCGGGUUGGGGGGCGUGGCCACCUCGCACUUUGUGGGUGUGGACGGGGUGCGCGCUUUCCUGCAGACCUAUUCCCACGAGGUCUCCCUCACCGCGGACUCGCGGAAGAGUCACCUGAUCUUCCCGCAGCCCAACUACGCGGACACGCUCCUCAGCCAGGAGAGCUGUGAGAAAAAGGAUCCCUUGUUAACAUCCAUAGAUUUUCAGCAAUCUGGUAAAACUGAAGCAGCAGAGGCUGCAGUUUCCCAGUGCGGACUCUGGGCGCCGCUGUUGGCCAAAGUGGAGAGCUUGGAGCCAGUGAUCUCGCGCAGCCGCAGCGCACUUUCCCCAUCUCAGACUCCCUAG